AUGAAGAAAAAACAUGAACUGACACCUUCCACAGACUCGGGCAAAUGUGAGCUGCCUAUACUAAAUCCUGUGGAGUUGAUUGGGUACGUCAAUGAGGAAACAGGUGUACAGCUAAAACCCGUCGAAAAACCAAGUGCCUCGGUCACCGUUAAACGCGGCCGACUGACGUGGAUCUACAGAAAAGACGGAACCCACCUCAAGAGAACGCCCUCCCAACAACUGUUCCGUAUCUUCUACAAGUACGCCAGACGGGCGUCUCUCAACGGGCUGAUAUUUAUCCUCAAAUCUCGGCGCCCCACGGUCAAGGCGCUGUGGUCGUUACUCCUGCUGGCCGCUAUAGGGGCCACCACAUUCCAUCUGAUUUUCCUGUUCACGAGCUUCUUCCAGUACCAGAACUAUUCCAAAGUGACGCUAAAAAUCAGCAGUUUACAGUUUCCUUCUGUCACAGUGUGCAACGUGAACCUGCUCAGGUUCUCACAGCUGCCUAGAUCUUCGACUCCCAUACAAAACCUUUUUAACAAGAAGGAAAAACAGGAGGUACACGAUUCGAACCUCACAGAUGACAGCAAUACUUUAACAGAACAUGAUUACAACAUUACAUACUACAGCAAUUCUACGAAUAUACGUAACGUGAACGUCACGGCUAUUCUCGAGGCGAGUCAACUGGACAUAGCAGACCCACUGCUAGAGAAGUGGGUCAAAGAGAGGGAGACGCUUUUAUGCCAGUACUGUAAAUACUGCUGGAAUCAGAUUCAAACAGACAACUCGUCUCUCUAUAAAGUCGAGGAUUUUUUCCUGUACUUGUUCAACAAGCAAUCAAUAAAACACCGACAGUCUCUGAGUCACCAGCUGGAGGAUUUCGUCAAAAUGUGUUCGUUUGCUGGGAGGUCGUGCAGCUAUCAGUUAUUCAAGCCCAUUGUCUCAGCUCAGUACGGCAACUGUUUUACACUAGACAACCCUGAUUUCAUCUCCAGGAAGAGUGGGGCAGAAAGCGGUCUGGAGCUGAUACUGUCUAUAGAGAACGACGAUUACCUACCUGGAGUUACCUCGGGAAGGGGCGCUAGGGUGAUCAUCCACGAGCCAGAUAAACCUACAUAG